AUACAACGGCUCCCAAUGACUGUUUUACAUCAAUAAUAGUGUCGUUUCCCCUCUUGAAUAUGCGAAUCCGACGUGUUAGCCAAUUUCUGCCAAAUACAGCUGGGCUGCCAGUGUCAAUACACAACAAACAUUUCCGACUGACGUAGCUUUCGGCAAAGUCCGGUAUAUUCCGUUGAUUUGCUCCCACCAGAUGGAGUUUUGACCGGAAGUGGUGUUGUUUUGGGUAAAUGAAUAGGGGGAAAUUCUACACUUGUUGCUUUCAGAUUUAGUGUAAUUAUUUUGGCGUCCUCAAAAUGGAUAAAUUAAAGAAAGCCCUAAGUGGGGAUGACGAAGAAGAGGAAGCCGGAAUUGUUACACAGAUAUCAAAUUCUACCACUUUAAGCUGGUCAACAAGACUGAAAGCCUUUGCUGUUUGUUUUGUGUUGGGGAUAACCCUCUCUAUAUUGGGAAGCGUCCUUCUGUGGUUUAAAAAUGGACUCGUUCUGUUUGCUGUUUUCUACACAUUUGGAAAUAUUUUGUCACUUGCAAGUACAUGUUUCUUAAUGGGACCAUUUAAACAACUGAAGAAAAUGUUUGCAAAAACAAGAGUAAUAGCAACAAUAUUAGUCCUGGUGAUGUUUGUCCUGACAUUAGUCUGUGCUUUUGCACUAAAGAAUCCAGCCCUUACAUUGGUGUGUUGUAUCCUACAGUUCCUAGCCUUAACCUGGUAUUCCCUGUCAUAUAUUCCAUUUGCAAGGGAUGCAGCCAAAAAAUGUUUUGCGUCCUGUUUAGAAUGACACCCCAUCUACUUCAGCAAGGCCCAAGCUUUGACCAUCUACAGUGAUGAUAUUUAUUGUUUAUUUCUCAUCUUGUCUGUUUGACUAAGUGCUAUAAAAAGAAAGUUCUUGUAUUUUCAUGUAUAUUUUUGUGAAUUGUUUACAGUUGUGCUAUUUUUAGAGGAAAAUAGUAUAAGUUUUGGAUACAUAUUUGUAGAAGUAUUAGUGUAAGGAAGGGAUGAUUACAGAUUGUGAAGUUUAAAAAUGUAAGCCAUUGAGAUCAUUCCACCACUCUCAGACUUGGAAAGUAGCUCAGCCAUUGAUGUUGUUAUUGAAAAUGGACUCUUAGGAUGAGAUAUUCAUAUUUUUUCACUAACUGAUACUAGAUAAGUUGUUCAUACAUUUCUUAAAGAAUUUAAAAGUAAGAAGUACUAAAGUGUGUGUGAUUUUGCAGCAGUUUUCAAUCACAUUUUAUUGCCUUCCAGUGCCCAUACUUGUCUAAGGUGCUAUCAUUCAUUUAUUUCACAUAUACAAUCAAAAUGAUGAUGGAUAUUUAAUACAAAUAUAACAUCUAACUGCAUAUAAAUUAAAAAUCUAUUUUUGUGGACCAAGAAUUUAGCACAUGGAAAAUGGGAUAUUUUUCAGAAGGUACACUUGCAGAAAUUUAAUGAAAAUAUUGAUGCAGUGAAGUAUAUAAGAGACAGCUUACACAUAAAAACAAAACAAACAAGCAAACAAAAAAAAAAUUCCUCAAAAUAAAGGCCUUGCUUUUUAAAUUCACCUAUUGGUAAAUGUUUUACCAACUGUGUGUUAUUCGACAGUGAGUUUUAUUUUUUCAGAAUAUAUCUUAUUGGGCAUCAUUUUAAUAUUCUAGCAAAUAUAAAUACAUGUACAUGUACUAGUAAUUGAUGUAAUAGGUUAAUAAUGGUAAGGGGGCAUAGUAUAUUGGUGGAUGAGAUCAUUUAGAAUUGUACUUGAAUUUAACAUCAAUUGUUUUUGAUCAAUGAACAAACUCCCUGUUUUGAAAACAUUGAGAUUAUUUUUAAGUGAAUUGAAUCUUUUUACCCCUACUUACCAUUUAACAUAACUCUUUCAUGUAUUCAUUAAGCUGUCCACAUAUUUGUUGUCUAUAAAAUAAUUAAUUAACCACACUGUGCCUGCUCGAUACUGAGAUUAUAAAAGAUAAAAAUUCAUUUAUAUGUCAAUAUUUUCAUUCAGUAUUCUUGGAAGGAGUGCUGUAAUGAACAUUAGUGUGGUCAAGUUUAAUUUGCCACUUCAUAUGUUUGUGGUGUAUUUAUUUUUGUUAAGAUUCUGUCAUACACUGUCCAUGAUUCAUGUUUUAAUCACUUCUCACCAUGAAUAAUAAAGAAUCAAUCAUUUUAUAAAUUGUUCUUGAAGUAAAUGUAUUAUUCCAAUAAACUGCUCUCAAAUUA